CAUUAGUCGGACGAGGCUGCCAAUCGGAGAGGGCGGGCUGUCCGCGCACGGCCGUGUCGCUCCCUCCGCGCUGGGGCCCGCCCGCGGGGCCGGCCGCCUGUCAGAGGGAGGUGGCGAUGGUGCGCUCGGUGGCGGUGGCGGUGGCGGCGGCUUCCCUGGUCCGAGUGCAGGGAGGAGAAGAUGACUGACCGGCCGGCUGACUGAAUGAAUGAAUGGCGGAGCCGAGCGCGCCAUGAAGAGCCUGCCAAGCCUGGGCGGCCUCGCCCUGUUGUGCUGCGCCGCCGCUGCAGCCGCCGCCGCCUCAGCAACCUCCGCGAGGAAUGUCACCGGUGGUCCUGGGGCCGCAGGGCAGGUGGACGCGUCGCCGGACCCGAGGUUGGGGGGCGAGCCCACUCACCCUUUCUCUAAGGCAACGGCUCCCACGGCCCAGACCCCGAAGACCGGACCCCCGCGCGCGACUGUCCACCGACCCCUUACUGCGUCCUCUUCAGCCCCGUCUCCGGAGACCACCCCUCCUCGGGCGCCGGCCGGACCUGCUCUGACCACCUUUCAGGCGCCUCUCGGCCCCUCGGCGACCACGCAUCCCGCCGUGGGGCGCACUCCGACCACCACUCGGACGACGGCCAGACCCGCGCCCACCACCCUCCCGGCGACCACUGGCCCGGCGCCGACCACCCCUUUGGCGACCACCGUUCCGGCGCCCGCCACUCCGCUGACCCCGACCCGCGUUCUCCCCCUCAGCAGCAGCGUCCCGCCCACCCCACCUGCCACCGAGGUCCCCGCUCCUCCUCCCCCAGAAUUCGUCUGUAACUGCUCUGUGGUUGGAAGCCUGGAUGUGAAUCGCUGCAACCAGACCACAGGGCAGUGUGAGUGUCAGCCAGGCUAUCAGGGGCUUCACUGCGACACCUGCAAAGAGGGCUUUUAUGUGAACCGCACUUCCGGGCUCUGUGGGCCCUGUGACUGCAGCCCACACGGAGCCCUCAGCACGCUCUGCAGCAGUUCUGGGAAAUGCCAGUGUAAAGUGGGUGUCACCGGCUCUACAUGUGAUCGAUGCCAAGAUGGAUAUUAUGACUUCAGUGAGCGUGGCUGCUUGCCCUGCCGAUGCAAUAAUCGGUCUGCCAGUUGUGAUGCCCUCACAGGUGCUUGUUUAAACUGCCAGGAAAAUAGCCAAGGGGACCACUGUGAAGAAUGCAAAGACGGAUUUUAUCAGAGUCCUGAUGCCACUAGAGAAUGUCUUCACUGCCCUUGUUCAGCAGUGACAUCUACAGGCAGUUGUAUACUAACAUUGGGUGAAUUGGAACCUAAAUGUGUCCAGUGUAAAAAUGGUUACACAGGCCAGAACUGCAAUAAAUGUGAAAAUGGCUAUUACAAUUACGACAGCAUCUGUGUGAAGUGCCAGUGUCAUGGCCACGUGGACCCAAUUAAAACUCCAAAGAUUUGCAAGCCCGAGAGUGGUGAGUGCAUCAACUGCCUCCAUAACACCACUGGGCUUUGGUGUGAGAACUGCCUAGAAGGUUAUGUCCGAGACCACGAAGAAAAUUGCAUCAAGAAAGAAGUUAUUGUUCCAACACCUGAAGGUUCCACCAUUUUGGUUUCCAAUGCCUCUUUGACCACAUCCGUGCCCACCCCUGUUAUAAAUAGUACACUUGCCCCCACAGCCCUGCAAACUAUUUUUUCAGUAAGCUCUGCUGAAAACAGCACGUCAGCUUUAGCCGAUGUAUCAUGGACCCAGUUUAACAUCAUCAUUUUGACUGUCAUCAUCAUUGUGGUGGUGCUGCUGAUGGGAUUUGUGGGGGCUGUAUACAUGUACCGGGAGUACCAAAACCGGAAGCUCAACGCCCCCUUUUGGACCAUCGAGCUGAAAGAAGACAAUAUCAGUUUCAGCAGCUACCAUGACAGCAUCCCCAAUGCGGAUGUGUCAGGACUCUUAGAGGAUGAUGGCAAUGAAGUGGCGCCCAAUGGGCAGCUGACCCUGACAACACCCAUGCAUAACUACAAGGCCUAAGGAGCCAGGCCUGAGCUCCGGAGGUUAGACCGGGUCAGCCCCGGGGGCGGGGCGACAGACCUGGGCGGAGCUGCUGAGAAAGCGCUGGCACGUAGUGCGUCUGAAAUUCCAGGUACAAAUUCAUAACGCACUUCGCCUAUUGCUCUCAAUUUCCCCAAGAAGAGCUGAACUCGUCACUGUCGAUAAGGACUUGAAGGAAAGUAUAUUUUUGUACCGAACCACAUGGGAGUAGAGAAAGGCUGGACCCCGUAGUGCAGCCCCACUCCACUCAGGCCUCCAAAUAGACUCCUGGGGAGUGUUCACUCCGCCGGUGGACACAGGAAGAUGGACGCGGAGGGGUGAGGACUGCCGGAAGAUUCAUCUCCAUUCCGGAAACAUUUUUUAAAAAGGAGGGUCAGGGAUGACAUUCAUUUUACUGACCAAAAGAUACAUCACUGAGGGAAAGCUGAUGUCUGAGCUGUAUCACAGUAAACAAUCUUGGUAGUUUCUAGACUGGGAGCAGAAAAGUCCCAAGAAGGUCUUUAUAGAAGUUUAAUUCUUCCUUCCAGAAUUCUUGCUGGAGAGUAGGAUUAAGGCACAGGGUAAGCUUCUAAGGGUAGAGAGAGGAAGGCAACAUCUGGGAGCUGGAAGUGACGGUCCCCCUUAGGGUCUCCGUGUAAAGGACCAAUUGUCUAAAGAAGGAAUAUUCUCACCUCUAGGGAAAUAAAUGUAUAUAGUUAAUGUAGCAUAUCUGGUCAACAUUGUAUUUGUAUCUAUUUGUAAAAAAAAAAAACCAAUCAUGUCAUAUUUUAUCAUCUAGAAUGUAUUUGUACAGCAGUUAAUGGUGUUGUAAAAAGAAACUAUGGGGAUUGGUUAAAAUACUGUAAAAUAGGUGGCAAUAUUGCUAGAGCUGGGCCUCUGGUGAGCGUCAGUCAUUUUUAGUCCCUCUUUGGACAUUGUUGAAAUUUAUAAGAGGUUGAAUGUUUCUAAUCUUUCUUUCCCUUUCUCAAUCUAAAGGUAGAGUUAUGUGUUCUUUGACUUGUUAUAGAUUCAAGCAAUAGAUUUUGAAGUCAGUGAUUGUUAAGCUGGGACACGGGCUGCACUCUCCAAGCUACUCACCUAAUUAGCCAUUAGCCACUCUAUAUAUCUUGCAUAGAUUAAUGUAGAGAUAUCCUCAUUAAAAAAUGUUUUGUUUUGUUUUUUAAAUGUAAAAAAAAUAGUCUUCCAAAGGAAUUGGAAUAUUUCAGUUCCAAAAGAAAAGCCAUCGUAUCGUUUGGGGUCCCCGGUUUUCAUGCCUGUGAAAUAUUUAUAUUUCUCCUCCCCUCCUGAAAACAAUACGUCCUCCAUUUGAACACAGCCUCUCACUCGUGCGUGAGGUGUACACCAUCUCUCUGCAGCGCUGCGCUUCUCCAGUCUUCAUGUCCGGGUAGAGGGCAGCGCUGUGGUGGAGUGAGCACAGUGAAUACUUGCUCUUAGAUGCAGUGUUUUCUGGAGGCCGUCUACUGUUGCUCUCAUCUGUUAGGCUCUUCACAGCUUGUGGAUUAAACAAGCCAGGACAAGUCAAAUGUAGGUAUUUAUUAGGAGGGCCAGCACCCUGUCCAGUGGUUAGAAUAAAGGAAAGGCUCGUUAGACCUAGGCAAUCCGAGCUGACCGCUUUGUAUGAGUUCCCCAGAGCAAAGCCUGGAAUUUGACCAUCCCUCUGUAGGAGACACUAAGUUAAUCUCGGGGUUUAGAGGGGAUGCUCUGGAGGGUGGCCUGGUAGACAGUGUGCUUCUGGUGAGCGGAGGUGCUGCGGCCAUUCGGCCAUUGCUCGUGAGUAGAGAGUCCAUUCUAUUACAGUAGGCGCACAUUUCUGCAGCCCUUUGCAGCUUGCAAAGCAUUUUUCCAUAUGUGUGUCUUUUGUUCCUCCCCAUAACCCCCGAGGAAGUAGUAGUUGUCCCAUUUUACAGAUGAGGUUAAAUGUCUUGUACAAGGCUACACAAUGUGUCAUUAUUAGGCUUAGAAUUCGGACUCCUAACUAUGGAGCACAUAUUCUUUUAACAAUGUGCUAAUGCAGAAAUCGCAUAGCCACAGACACCGGAGGCUGGGAGGAAGUGUCCCAUCUGUGAAUGUUUCUCAUGUUUGUGAGUACAGGUAACCAUCCAGGGCCAUAUGGCUAUGAAGGACUUUUUGGAAAGAACACAGGAGGAUUAAUUAUUCUCUGACGCCAGUUUUGGCCAUAAGAAAAUAAAAAUAGCAGUUUGUGCUUCGUUAAAGUGAACUACCCUUUCCCCAGCAGCUGCCACAUAGGUGUGUACAGGCUAUGCACUGCACAAUUUUAAGGAAUUGUGCAAAGUGGUGUACCUGCCUUUUCCCCAGGUUACCACGGCCUCAAAGCCAGGGAUUAAGGGUGCUGAGACACAGACAUUUGUUAAACAGAAGUUAACCCAAAAGAGAAAAAAGGAUUGUUCAUUGGGGUCUAAGAGCCAAAGCCAAAUAGUCCAGUUUCUGGUCAUGUAGAGAUUCCUUGAAACAGACUUUAAAAGAUAUUGCAAAAAUUGAAUCACAAAGAAUAUUUACUUUUAAAUACUUCCAAAUUGUCCAAUAUCAUGCUUUUAAUUUUUCCCAGUGGAAAAAAUUAAGGACUUAAAAUUUUAAAAUAUCAUUUCAUGUCCCCUGCUUUUUGCUGGUGAAAAUAAUUUUGCUCUAAAAUAUAAUUAUAUCAUGAAGUGAUCUACUACCAAAAUCAGACUAGAAAACUAGUAUGGAAUGGUAUGGAAUUACACAAUAUUCAUUGCUCUAGAUGCAAGGUCCCCAUAAGUACAGCAUUCACCACCACAAUCCCAUCAGUCCUUUAGAAAUACUAAUAUUGGAAUAGUUUGUAUCUAAAGAUUAGAAAUGGGUUUGUUUUCAAAUAAGACUACUGUGAAUCUUAUUGAUAAAUGACAGAUACUGCUAUUCAGCGAUACUUUUAUCUUCAUCAGUUCAUUUUAGUAAACCUUUAAGCAUUUCUGACAGAUGUCCUAGGUAGUGUUUUUAAUAUGUCUAUCUUCAUUUUCACCUCCCUCCCUCCCUCCACACUCUAGCUCCCAGAGGUUGCUUAUUAAUGGAAUUUCUCCAGUUAUAGAAAAAAAUGAUAAUAAAAACUAAACCUCAUUUAUACUAAGGUCCUAUGAUAGACUUAAUGUGUUAUUCUUAGGGAUACCUGAAUAUUAAGAGAGGAGAAGAAAGCAGACAUGGGAUGGGAGGAGAGAGAUUUUUGGGGGAGGGGAUUUGUAGAAGUGUCAAAUUACUUGGCACUUUUGAGCCCCAAUAUUUGUGGGAAAAUUGACUGUGGAAGCAACACUCAGUGACCUAUGUGUUCACUUUGGUCAGCUGAGUGCCUUCAGGAUGGUUCGCCCUCUUGUGCUGUUUUGGAGGCAGAGAGCUAAAGCACCAGUACGUCUUCCUCCUGGCAGCCUCAGUAGGGAUUGGGUUAUUAGAUCAUUCAUUCACCUUGGUCCUGUGUUGUUGGUAGGACACAUGGUGAGCAUAGCACCCCAGGUAACGAACAUUCCCUGGGUCGUACAUUUUGAGGUAUGUGGGUAGGUGUUGAACUGACACAUCUCGAGGAAAACUCUCUGACAAAAGUGAGAGGUGGACAGCAACCCAGUGUAACCUGUUUGAGCAAGGAGAGCAUUUCUGGCCUCAUCCAUGAAGAACCUUUGGCCUGUUACAAUCUUCUUCAUAGUAAAAAGUUUGGGCACUAAAACGAGUUUGGUGUGUGCAGGGGAGUAAUGGAAAGCUAAUGCAAGUUUUCUCUGUAACCCUGACCCAGUGACUAUGCCAAGGAUAAAAGCAGGAAAAACACAUUGAUUCAUCUGAAAAAGUCAAAUACUAUCAGAUGAAUUAAAGGUUAUGGAUCAUUGAAAUGUCACUGGUUGAAUGAUGCUUUUUCAAAGGCGUUUGGGGAUCUUUCUUGCUACUUAUGCAUGUGCGGUAACUGCAACCAGCAGCCCUCGGUGAGCCCAGGGCUUCCGAUUUAACUUAGUCCAAAAUCUAAAUGAUUUAAAAUUCAAUUUUAAUGCUGGGCGCAAGCACUCUGUAAUACAUUAAAUUUCAGCCCAAGCAAUUAGGAAUGUUUCUGAAACAUUAAACUUGUGUUUAUGUCACUAAAAUUCUAACACAAAUUUCCAAAACGUGGCUUAUACAUAUGCUGUACUAGGCUUCAUGAUGCAUUUCUAAAUUUGUGUAUGAUUUGAAUAUAUAAAAGAAUUUAUACAAGAGUGUUAUUUAAAAUUAUUAAAAAAUAAAUGUAUAUAAUUUGUA